CAGCGAAGUUCUUCAAUUAGCGAAUUUUUUUAUCGAUGAUUGAAAUCAUGUGGAUGACAAAUUCAGCGCAGACGCAUGGAAAUUUAUGAAUUGGGCGGAUUUGGUGAUUCCGAUAGGUGGAGAUGGCACGUUUUUGCUAUCCUCCAAAUUAAUUACAGACAACGUGAAACCUGUGUUGGGCAUCAAUCCCAGCAUCCGAUCGAACGACAAUAACAUUUUUACGCUUCCUCCGAAAUACGCGACGGACAUCGAAAGCAUAUUUGAGCGACUUCAUACAGGAAAAUACACGCUAUUGAUGCGGAGUCGCAUUCGAACAGUGAUGAAUGGAGAAGGACUUUACAGACGACCUUUUCAUAUACACGAGAAGAGCCGUACACAAGGAGAGAAAAGAGCCGAAGCUCUUGCACGAACGACACAAAGGAAAAUAGCGGACUCACUUCAACCACGGCAGAGGACUUUGCCUUGGCUGGCAUUGAACGAAGUAUUUAUAGGAGAAUUUUUGGCAGUCAGACCAAUAACUUUACAAAUCGGAAUUGAAGAUCAAGAACCGCAUCAAGUUCGAAGUUCAGGUAUGUGCGUUUGUACAGGUACUGGCUCCCAAUUCUGGUACAAAUCUAUUAACAUUCAAUCGGCCGAAACCGUUCGAUGUAUCGUCGAAAUAGCCACCGGCAUUAAAUUAAGCAACGAGGAAACCAACGAAUUACUCCACAAAUAUCAUCAAGCUCUCAUCUAUUCCCCAGACGAUUUGAACAUGGUAUACAUGAUCCGCGAAAUGUAUCAUACUACACGUUGCAAGAACCAGAAAUGUUGCCCGGACAGACAAAAGUGCAACAAGCUUACUGUGAAAUCCUGUGGCUUUGACGCUGGCUUGGUGAUAGACGGAAGCAUUUCUUUGCCCUUCAACGACGGCACUAUCGCAACUUUCGAUAUCAAACCUGAAUAUUCGUUGAGAAGCAUCAUGCUCACUUGAUGUACAGUUAUCAUGUAGCUGCACUAAAACAAGUUUCUCUAGGAAGCGAGCUUGUGUGGUAGAACUUUUCACAGGAAUAUCAGUGUCCGAUCGACAAAUUAAAAGUAAAAUUCUUCUCGCAUUUCUCUUUUCUACUUCCCGUUCCGUACUUUUAUUUUCUACUGUUUAAUCUUAUUUCAUUUAUGAACAUUUAUUUUAUGCGGAAUAUCGAAAUUUUGUUAUCGUUUAAUUUAUCUAACUUUUGCAUAUAAAAAUUAUCUAAUAAAUAACGAUUUUUCUUUCAUAUGGACAAACGAAGAAAGAGAGCUUUUCCUUUUACGAUCUUCCGGUUUCCGCUUUAAUGCAGUCCGAUUUCUUAUUUAUCUCUAAUGACGGAGGCGUAGGGCAAAGUAGCAAGUAAUUGCGCGCAUUUGUUCCGAAAAUGAAGGUAGUCUGAGACCAAAAGAUAGGAAGAGCCGGUUAUUUCACCGGCAAAGGGCAGCCUGGUCUUUUUCUACAACAAGAGGGAGAGUGAAAUACCUUUCCAGCUCCGUUUUCCGUUUCCUUGCAAGGAGGCGAACCACGUCCAGACUUCCAUUAACCCCGUAAUUUCGGUUUUGGCUAAACCGCAGACACCCCGACCUUCGAGAUCAGGUGUUCAUACUUGCUGUUUGUGUACGAAUAAACAUUCAAAGAUACUCACACAGUCCGCAAGGUAUACAGGAUGGUUUACUUGCUGCUCUGGUCAAAUACACGAAUUCUGGUUUGGAUUUCUUAACCAGAAAUAAUAGCACUUUAUUAUAUAGUUAACUCUGCUUCGUGUCUCCUAUCUCAUGUCUUUUAAGAUAAGAUCUUUCAUAGAAAUGUAUUCUUACAUGAAAGUACGUCUGGAACUGUGAUAAUUAAAAAUGAAAUUAUACAAAAGUAAAAAAAGAAAAAAGAAAAAGAAAAAGCUUAAAAUUCUAAGGGAAAGACUGAAGUUAUAAAAUGAAAACGACGAGAUAAGAAAUGGUAUAAUAGAAAUAAAAAGAUACGUGGCACCGCUCCAAACUCUAAAAUAGUACACUUCACAGGCAAUUUCAAGAACAAGGAAGAAGACGAUGUCAUAAAACGGUAGUAAUAAACCUGGAAGUAUAUCAAACAAAUGAAAGAAAUGAAAAGAUAUGAAAAUAAAAUGUAAGUACACUUUGUCAAAGGUUAAUUGCAGCAGAUUUCGUAAUUAUUUAAAUGAGAAAUUCUUUGCUGCGCGCUGUUGGCGUUCCAUUUACUUCUGUUUAUUUCAAACUGGCGGAAGAUUGUUUUAAUUUACCAAAUGUAUUAAAUGAAUUGUAAUUAGGAAGCUUGAAAACAAAAUUUGUCAGUUAACAACACACCCUAUAUGCAGAUUACUGUAUACAUACUCGUUCGGCUAUAUGCACUGUUUUUGUACUCCUCGAGCGCAAAUUGUGGAUGCUUGAGACACAGGAUACCUAAGUAAAGUAGCCACUACCGACAUUUUCGGGACAAGUACGUAAAGCAGCCGUUGUAAAAAAGUAGAAAGGCUGUAAAGGUCGGGCUUUACGCGUACCAACCGAAUGUGUCGGAAACUUUAGUGUUAUUUAAAACGAUGCCCGAAAAUCCUCCUCCUUGAACUUGUGUCAAUAAUCACUUUGCGACUUGAAGAAUAUUUUUCGCUCUUUGUUUGAAUACAACUGAGUCAAAAGUUUAUUGUACCGAUUCAUCGUCAAAAAUAUUCGUAUACUCUGUAAAAAGAAAUGUUUUAUAGUCCACUUCUAUUAAACUAAAAUGUCACAAAAAUUCAGUGCAAAGGUAGUUCGUUUUAUGCCAAGACGCCUAAAAGCUAUUUUAUUAUUGCUUUAUGUCUAUGUUAGAAAGUAAAUAUGUUAUCGUGUUACGUAUGCUUUAUUUAAAUAGAAAUAGCCUUUCUGGUGUACGGGGACUUUUAUGAGUGACUGUAGAUCUGAAUUUCUUUAUUCUACUUAUGAGAA